AUGAAAGUAAGGAAGAACUCAUAAAGUGGAAAAGUUAGCGUAAGUAUAUUCAAUAAGUUAGGAAAGAAACAGUAGAAGAUAAUUGGAAAAUGAAUAGUUGGUUAAAAAACCUGAUUUUUUGAAAGCAGCAACUCUGGGAUAAAUAUUUAUAGUUUGUACUCAAUAAUUGGGAGGAUUAGAAGAUGGUAAUUCAAAUUAAUAUUAUAUAGGCAAAAUCACGAAGUUAUAAUUUAGAAAGUUUCUGAUGACAGAAUAGAUUUGCUUUGUUUUUAAUUUAAUGGGUUUGGGAUUGAGUGUUAUGCAAUAUGAUUUAGAAUUCGAAGAAGAGAACGAGGAUGUAAUUAGUUUCGUAUAGAAAUUAGAUAUCAAAUUGUUUAUUAUGGAUCAUAUUUAUCUCUACAUUGGUUUUAUUAGUUUUAACUGUCUUGCGUUAUUAAUAACACAUGAAUUGGUUGAAAUCAAGAAAACAAAUUAGUUAAAAUGAUAGAAUAUGGCAAACUGAGCAAUGGUAUCCAAUGCUCAUAGAAUUGAUAAUUUAUUGUGUAGUUCCUUAUCCUUUCACGAUUGGGAUGAGAGUGUACUUUUACAAUAGUUUUCAAGAUGCAACCGCCUACUAUCAUGUCAAUGAAAUACUUGCUCUUUUUAUGAUAACCAGAACUGUGUUUAUCUUUAGAACUAUUUUGGCAUAGACAUUUUGGUACAGCAACAGAACUCAAAGAGUAUGCAAUCUUUAUGCNACUCUUGGAGCGUCUGACAUUGAACAGAUUAUUAAUAAUCUUAACUAAUAUAUUUAUUAAAGUAUAAACAACGACAAUUAUAAACUUCAAUAAUAUAUAACCAAUUUAAUUAACUAACUCACAUUUCUAUAUAGACUUUUGAAAUUACUUUAUUACUAUUAUUCUUAAUAAACAGAUUAUUCAAGUUUAUUAAAUUAAUACUCAUAAUCUCUUUCAUAUGAUUAUUAUGCAGUCCCUUGA